AAAGAAAGUGAUGAAAUAGUCUUCUGAGGUUUCUUCUGGAGAAACGUCAUGUCCCCUCUAGUAGUGCUGAUUUUGGGUUCGCUUUUAUAUUCCCAAUGUAUACAUAAAGUGAUAUUAAUUAGUUACGGUUUUGUCUUUUCUGAUAAAUAUGAGAAUAUAUCAAUUGAACUGCAAGAGAGGCUUCCGGAGUACCGUGUGUUUAAUGUAUUUUUUAAACCUUCAAAUGCCUUGUACCUCUCGGCGGCCUUACUUUUCUUCGCCUUCAUAGAAUUCAAGCGAUUGAUCAGAAGUUUCCGGAACUUUAAAACAAAUGCUUUACUCGUACUAUUGGGUUUAAUUUUUUUGUACUUAAUACAGACCGACGCUUUUGAAGUAACUUUAGAGGGACGCACAAUAUAUUCAAUGCAGAAUCCCCAAGAGAUUCCAAAGGUGGACGACUUGGUGCACAUCAUUCAAGAAAAAAGUAUGGAAAUAACAUUGCCACGGCUUCUUUUUGUUUCAUCACCAUUUGCUAUCUUUUAUCUUUUAAAGAGAAAGUGGUGAAUAAUUUGUUAACCAAAAAAUAUCAUUGUAAAUCUGAAUAAAUUUAUUACGCUGAAUAAAAUAUAAACUAUUAUA